UUUCUUUCUUCUCAUCUUUUCAAUCAAAACGAAAUGGUGGUGCAAGAUGGUAAACCGGUAAAAGUUUUGACUGUUGGACCCGCUUGCGGUCGUAUAGGAGAAUUGAUUGGGAAGAUUACAGCUAUAAAUACGAAAUACGGACCUUUUGAUGCAUUGUUAGUGCUGGGUGAUCUUUUUCGACCUUACUCUGAAGGAGAUGAAUUGUCAGAAGAGGAAAUAGGGCUACUGAAUGGUACUCUUCCAUCGCCUAUUCCGAUUUACUUUGCUCACCAGCCAUCUCCGAUACAUCCAAUCAUACAAGCAGCAAUCAUUGAAAAAGGCUGCUUGAAUAACACAACAUCCGCUUCAUCUGACGAACAGGCAAUCAAGCUGAACGAGUCACUAUACUUUCUAGGCAAAGAAGGCAUAGUCAAUGUUCCUAACAGCAAAGGCUUACGGGUUGCCGUCUUGGGUGGUUGCUACGAUCAUCAAAGAUGGCAGGAUAGCAUUGGCGUGGAGGAAAGUGUGGAAGAAGGUUUGAAGAGCCCUUUCAUUUCAUCUACAUCCGUCGAACGACUUUUAUCGUAUCCAUCAUUUCAACAGCCGAGUGUACUUGCCGAUGUAGCACAAGAUGAAGGCGAACCUACGACAUUAGCUGCAGCUCGAGCACAAAUGGCAAAACGGACAGACAUACUCCAAAAGCAAAGUGAAGCAACAAGAAAGCCACCGAUCGAUAUCCUUCUUACGAAUGCAUGGCCGAGCAAUAUAACCAUGUUUUCCAAUCCGGAAAAGUUUCCAAAUCCCACCAGUAGAGUUUGGGGUGCGCCAAUUUUGGCAAAAUUGAUCUCGUAUGGUCAGCCGAGGUAUCAUUUCGCGUUGGCACCUGGAUCGUGUGGAAGUCCAGAAAGUGAAGAUGCAUUCGGGAUUGUAGGAUUAGAUGGAACUGAAGAAGGAACGCAAUUGCGUAAAAUUGGAGCAUUUUGGGAAAGGGAACCGUUCAGAAAUCAAUCGCCUUCACAUCCUUUGUGUAAUGUAACUCGAUUCAUCUCUCUAGCGCGAUUUGCUAAUGAGAAGAAAGAGAGAUGGUUCAUGGCAUUGAAUCUGGUACCGGCUAGUAAUGCAGACAAAGCGGUACCCAACAAGGAACCUGCUGGGACGACUUUGAAUCCCUUCUCGCUAGGUGAAAGUUCAACAUCUACAUCUAGACCUUGCGACAAGGCCAAACGGAAAGAAAUUGAGGAUGAUAUGCAGUCAGGGCAGAACUAUAGAUGGGCAGAAAACGGGAAAGCACGUCCGAAGAAACAGCAAAGAUCUGAUAGACAAAAUGGGGCAAGUAACGCCGCUGGUCUUCCGAAUAAGCCAAAAGGACCUUUACCCGAUAAGCCAACCAAAAUUUUCCCGGUAGGACCUGAAGAUUGUUGGUUCUGUUUAAGCAACCCGCAAUGUGCAAAACAUUUAAUCGUUGCAAUCGGAACGGAAUGCUAUGUUGCCAUGCCAAAAGGACAAUUACCUAUCAGUACAAAAGAUCGUUCGACAGUGCCUGGAGGUGGACAUGUGCUGAUCGUACCGAUUGAACAUAUCCCUUCCGUUCUUGGACAUCCUGAUCCAGCUGUUGCAAGACCGAUUGCAGAUGAAAUGAAUGCAUGGAGAACAGCUUUGAGGAAGGCUUAUUCUUCUUGUGACGCAACGAUGGUAUCGUGGGAAAUUUGUAGAACAGUUGGAUCUCGAGCAGGUCAUAUGCAAUGUCAAGCAGUGCCUAUUCCAAGCAAAUUAUGCAAGAAUGGAGCACUAGAAGCAUACUUUCGACAAGCAGCCAAAAAGUAUGGCUAUGAGAUGAUUGAAAAUACAAGCGAAGUGCAACAAUUGCUGAAAAUCAGUGAUGAUGUCUCACAAAGAAGGAAACAGGCUGAUUAUUUUCGAUUGGAUUUGGAUGACAAAACUUGGUUGAUGCUAUUACCGCAGGGAUUACGAUUUUACCUACAAUUUCCACGAGAGACAUUAGCAAACUUUUUAGGGUUUCCUGAUCGAGCAGAUUGGAAAAAGUGUGCAAAUUCAGAUGAAAUUGAAACGGAAGAAACACAAGCGUUUAAAGGUAUAUUUGACAGUUAUGCUGAAUCUGUCAUUGAAGAGUGAUUCUCUUGGGAAUACCCUCAUUUGUACUUGUACUGUAAUCAUAUUGUAUCAAUAUCAAGAAAAAGACA